AUGUUGUUUUGCCCAACAUGUGCCAAUAUCCUGGUCAUAUCCCAGGAAACUGGCGUUAACAAAUGGGCGUGUAACACCUGCCCCUACGAGUUCCCUAUAACGAAACAGAUGACUUCGAGAACGCGAAUGCAACUGAAACAGGUCGACGAUGUACUUGGAGGAGAUGAGAUGUGGAAGCAUGCAGAUCAGACUCAAGCGAGUUGUCCCAAGUGCAAUUUCGACAAAGCAUACUUCUACCAGCUCCAGAUUCGAUCCGCUGAUGAACCCAUGACCACUUUCUAUCGGUUCGUUUCCCUCCUGCAGUCUUCCGGUUUCCUGCCCUGA